AUGAGUUACAUCAAUUUUAGCAUCAUUCAUAGAUCCUUCAAGUUCAGGAGCUAUAAUGGUCUUAAGAAAAAUUCCUAUAAUGAUGUUCAUGAGUUAAAUGGUUGUAUUGCUUCAGAGGGGAUUAAGCAUAGAAUGUUUGAGGUGUGUCUUGCUGAUCUACAGAACGAUGAGGAUCGGUCCUACAUAAAGAUGCGAUUGAGAGUGGAGGAUGUCCAAGGAAAGAAUGUUUUGACUAACUUUUGGAAUGUUUUGACUAACAAAUUAAGGUCACUUGUCCAUAAGUGGCAGAUUUUGAUUGAGGCUCAUGUUGAUGUGAAGACAACAGACAACUUCAUUCUGAGGAUAUUAUGUAUUGGCUUCACUCAUAGGCGUAAAAAUCAAGUCAAGAGGACCACAUAUGCAGAAUCAAGCCAAAUUCUUCAUGUAAGGGUUUCGGCUUCAUCACCUCUGGUUAACCAAGCAUCGUCUUAUGAUUUGAAAGAGUUGGUUGCCGAACUCAUCCCCAAGUUGAUUGGAAAAGAUAUUGAGAAGGAAGAUUCGGUCAUCUACCCCCUGCAAAAUGUUUUCAUUCGUAAAGGGAAGAUCUUGAAGGCUCUCAAGUUUGAUCUUGAAAAGCUGAUGGAGGUUCAUGGCAAUUAUGCAGAAGAUGUGGGUGUGAAGGUUGACAGGCAUGCCGAGGAAACACCGGUAGAAGUCGAGACUGAAGUUGUUGGCGCUUAG